AGGUGGCACUGACUGGCACUGAUGGGUGACACUGAAAGGCAGCUCAGAUGGGCACUGAUGUGUGGCAUUGAUGUGCACUAAUAGGAACUGAUAUAUGGCAUUGAUUUGGCACUGAUGGACAAUGACAGCUGGCACUGAUGGACACUGACAGCUGGCACUGCUGGGGCUACACUGAUCAUCAGGGCACACUGAUCAUCAGUGCCCUGCGUCUCUCUCUCUACUCUGUCAGCGUGACAGCUCGAGAGGAGAGAAAUGCCGAUAACCGGCAU